GCCUACCUCUUUGGCCACGAAUAAAUCCAAUGUUGUGUAAUGUAGUCCUUUUCAUAAAUGGAUAUGACGUCUCUCUCUCGAACAUUUUCAAUUCAGGACAUGUCCCCGCUGGAACCGGGGAAUUCGGGACCAAUUCGAGCCUGUCAGACCCAUAUGAUCCAGGCUCUGACCCAGAGUCCUCGUGUGCGAUUCCUCGUCCAUGCCCUCCAAUUGGCCGGUUGUCCCUUGAGCGCUGCUCGACAUUUGGCCGCUGAAACCUGUCCCCCUGGGCUGGCCGGUGGCUAUGAUCCUCUGACCCAUCAGGUGGUGGUCUGCGCUAACGAGUGUACCACCCCUGAGCGCGUGGAAGCCAUUCUGGCCCACGAGUUGAUCCAUCUGUACGACCAUUGCGUUCGGGAUCUCGAUCUCAUGCGCAAUGAACACUUGGCGUGCACCGAGAUCCGAGCGGCCAAUUUAAUUCACUGCCAAUCAUUGGAUGACUAUUUUACGACUCGAGAUCGAUGUGUCAAACAGAGGGCCGCGGGUUCGAUCAGUGUUAUUCGAGGAAUGUCUCGGGCACGGGCCACGCCCUUGGUGGAUCGUGUGUUUGACCAGUGCUCGAAAGACUUGGAACCUUUUGGACGAAUUCCCUUUCACAGGGAGUGUGAAGCGCUGGCGUACUCGGAUUUGAGGUUGCUUCACCGAUGGCGGAAAAUGAUAAAGUGAUCUUGUACUGUAUAUUUGUUCCAGUUGCAUUGAAUGGCGGAACAUUGAACAUUUAACUCAAUAUAAGAAUUCAUUCAGA